AUGGAAUUAAGGCACGUCAACUCGAUGCAUCAAUAUAUCGUUUACUGGAUUACGGUGCUGACGCUGCUCACCAGCUUGCCGCGAUUUCUGCGAGCUGAUCCCGAAACGCAAAUAUUUCGCGUGGACCCACUAGCACUGCUUUCGGGAACGUUGCGCACAUAUCAGCGGGCCGGCUGUGAUCGAGAGCUUGUCACAUUAAGCUGUCCCCGUGGAACGAGCAUCUCGAUCGAGAUAGCACAGUACGGUCGAAGUGGAGAUGCAAAUGAAAGAAACCUGUGCCCAGCAAGCACCGAAGAUGCACUUGACAUCAACAUUCCUGGUACGGAAAUCGAAAUAAAAGCACCAGAAAGCUGCACCUGGCCGAACGCAUUACAGUACUCGCUGCUGCAAACGGUCGUGGAAGCAUGCCAAAAGAAGCGCCACUGCAAGUUUCUCGCGUCGCCGAAAACCUUCGGUGGCGAUCCGUGUCCGGGCCAGCGGAAGUUCGUCGAGGUGGCCUACAAGUGCCGACCGUACGAGUUCCGGAGCAAAAUCGCCUGUGAAAAUGAUGUAAUUCAAUUAAUUUGCAACCCUUACUCGCGGAUAGCGAUCUACAGCGCGAACUACGGUCGGACCGAGUACGAAAGUCUUCAGUGUGCACAGCCACAGGGCGUCAAGGAGGAAAAUUGCCUCGCGUCGUACGCCACGGAAACGGUGAUGCAAAAGUGUCACGGCAGGCGGAAAUGCACACUUUCAGCGGAUAGCACUACAUUCGGCAAGCCGUGCCGGCCCGAUUCGAGGAUGUAUUUAAAAGUUGUUUACACAUGCGUGCCUAGGAAGGUGCUGAAGGAUCGCUUCGAAGCGGCACCGGAACCGGACGAACCGCUACAGAGUGACCUCGAGCAGGACCAGGACGAGCUGUACGACGAGGAUCAGUUUUUCCGCGAAUCGGACGCUGCACCACCCGGUCCAGCACCGAAGUUGCAGGGUGGUCCAACGAACGGACGGGCGUCGGACGUCCCGAUCUACGUCGGUCCUUCCAGCAGUACGGUCGCGUCACCACCACGAUCAAUCCACGACAUCAUGGACGAUAGUGAUUUUUCGUUCGGAGAAAAUCAAGAGAAAUUCUACCUGUAUCUCAUCGUGGCCGUUACGGUGGCCGUGCUUCUUUGCGUGACGAUCGUGAUCGGCCGACUGGUGAUGCAGCGGCGCCGUACCGCAAAGGACGGUGACGAUAAAUUCCAGACAUCCAACACCGGUGAAACCACGCUUCCGAACGGCUUCACCGACGAUAUAUCGGAAAUCGAUGCCGAUAUCGACCUGCAGACGCCACUUCCGGUUCCGAGUGUCUCGCGCAGUGAUAGCUACGGACCUUACACACCGUCACCGGGACCGUACGGAAACCUUGGGCCGUCGAACAUUUCGCACACCUCAACCACGAUGCUUGUGCCACCGUGCUCGGUGGGUGCCAUCAUGAGCACGUCGCAGCCACCGGGAUACCUCAGCGGUCCAAUCAACAUCAUGCCGUCGCAGUUGGGUUCCAGCAUAGGUGCGAUAAGAACGCCGCUAGCGGCAAUGACGACCCUUCCGAGGCCACACCAGGCAUCCCAACAGCUACCGCCAGGAUUUCUCGGUGGCUCAGUGAUCGGUACUCAAACGCUACGCCGUCUGUCGAACGACCACGACGGUAAUACGCCACGCAGCCUCAGUAGAGGAGCUACCAACGCGCAGUACUACUACGGAUGA